CAAGCUAACAAGCUGCCGCUCCUUCCUUCUCCGGGUACCCAAGGCCUUCUCUUUUCCUCUUCUUCCUCUUCUUCUUCUUCUUCUUCUUCUUCUUCUUCUUCUUCUUUUUCUUUUUCUUCUUCCCAUUCAAUCGCAUCACCAUCAUCACCAACAUCCUCAUUUUACGACCCGUCACGUCUCCUAACGACAAACCCUAAAUCAGCCCACAAUGCAGUUCACCAUCUCCGCCCUCCUCUCCCUCGUCGCUGUUGCCAGCGCUGCCUCUGGCGAUGUCUCCGGCUCUUGCGCCAGCAACAGCUACUCGGCUAGCCAGGUCAGCCAGGCCGCUUCCGCUGCUUGCGACCUGAACAAGUCUGGAAAGACCGUCGGCAACAACAACUACCCCCACCAGUACAAGAACUUUGAGAAGAUUGACUUCGACGCUCCCGGCCCCUGGUACGAGUUCCCCAUCAAGAACAACGGCAUCUUUGACGGAAACUCUGGCCCCGGCCCUGACCGCGUCAUCAUCAACGACAAGUGCGCUGUUGCCGGCCUCAUCACUCACACCGGCGCCAGCAACCAGAACGGCUUCGUUGCCUGCAAGGUCUCCGGCGGCGACAAGCCUUCCAGCUCCGCCUCCAGCUCCGCAAAGCCCACCGACAAGACCUCCAGCGAGAGAGCCAGCGCAACUGAGAAGCCUACCUCCUCUGGCAAGGCAUCCGCCUCUCCCACCUCCUCCUCCGCCAAGCCUAGUGCCACUGACGGCAAGUCUGCUGGCUUCUCUAUCCACGGCCAAAAGGACACCGCUGCUUGGGCUGUUGCUGCUGCCGCUCUCGUCGCCCGCAUCCUGUAAACUAUGCCGCGCAACCCUUUUUUGUAUAGAAUUCGAUAGAUACACACGUUAAAUGAAAAGCAACGACACGGACAAUUUGGUCCUCUACAACUCAUACCCUCUUCUACUUUGCUACGGACAUCACAUCGAGUCUGGAACUGGAUAGACACGAAUUGACAAAACAAGCAAAAGUUUCUAUUAGCGCUAGUCCAUAGAGGACGAAAUUCAUCGACCGUCAAUCAUUACAAAAUAUCAAUACAAAAGGUGGGACAUGCUCAGCAUGUACGAAUGAAAAUGGCCUACACCUGAUAGUGCCAGCAAUUUAGUAGAUGUAACGGAAAAAGGUAGCGUUAUCACCCUUGUCAGUCUCGCGGAGCUUCUCCUCCAUGGUGUAAUCUUCAGGUCUCUUGUAUUCGCGGUCACGGCGCUUGUUUUCGCGGCGAAAAUAGAACGUGAGGAUGGCACUGAGGACAGCAGACAUGGUGACAAAGCCAAGCAGAAUGAGAUGACCAGACAGGUAGCCGGGGGCUUCGUCAAUGCGGAAAACAAAACCAGAAACCGCACCACCAAGGUUACCCAUACCGAUCUGCAUGGCGAUACCGACAGCACGCUUCAGAGAACCACCGACAUUGUUGCCGUUCCACGCAACAGCCUGAGGGAUGUUGGAGUAUACACCAGCAACAACAAGGAAGCAGGAAAAGUACUUGACUUGAUCGUUCUGGACAGUGGCGAGAAGGAUGAAACCAAUACCACUAUAUCAACGUUAGCUACUUUCGGUGCUUCUGUAAACAGGCUCUCAGCUUCACACUUACGCAAGAAUGUUGAAACCAACAAUAAAGACGCCGCGCUGCAGAGUGGCAUCGGCGAAAUAACCACCAAGAACUGCGAAAACGCAAGCAACGGCAUAUGGCGGGACAGACAUGAGCUGCGCAGUUCCGUUGUCAUAUCCGAGGUUCUUCAGGAUGGUGGGCAUAAAGGAAGACACAGAGUAUAACGGAGUGAAGAUGCCAAUAAUGAUGAACAUUUGCAUCCAGAUCUUCCAGUCCUUGAAAGCAUCAAAUACAAACUGGAGCUUGAAGGCCUCGGAGAGAAUGCCACGGUCAUGCUUCAAGCGACGAAGGACUUCUGUCUUCUCCACAGGAGUAAGAAACUUGGCAGUGUCGGGGUAGUCGUGCAUCGCAAAGUAAGCCACGAUGGCGACCAGGACCGUGAGGAUACCUUCAAGAAUGAAAAUCCAGUUCCAGCCACUGAGGCCGGCAACUCCGUCCAUUUCCAUAAUACCACGGGCAAUGACACCACCAAAAGCACCGGCGGCAGUGGCCGAAGCAAAGAAGAUGGACAUGCGGAGACCGCACUCCUGACGCUUGUACCACAUCGUGAUGCUUAGUUCUGAUUAGCCGAUCGUACAGGAUUGGCCUGGCGGAGCAAAAUAUACGUACUAGUAAGUUAGGCCUGGGAACAAGCCACCUUCAGCAAGGCCAAGAGCGCAGCGAACAACAAGCAAGCUAGGGAAGUUCUUGACAGCACCGGUAAUGAUGGUACAGGUUCCCCAAGCGACCAUGAUGGAAGGAAUCCAAAUAGAAGGACGGAAACGCUUCAUGGCAAUGUUGGAGGGGAUUUCAGCUACGACGUAAAAGGGAAAGAAGAUGGCGACGGCGGUCUUCAUAAUCAACAGUUAGCAUUUCUGGAUUUUUUUGCCCCGUAAAUUUUUUCACAGCUUACACUGUAGUCAAACUUGUUGACCAUACCGAGAUCCUCUUCCAUGCCGGCCAGCUUAGCGUUUCCGAUACUGGCACGAUCAAGAAAUGAAAGAAGGUAGAGCAAGGAGAGGAACGGGAGCAGCUUCUUAUCGAGCUUGCGAAUCAGCUUUCUCUCUUCCUGAGGAGCGAAGCCAAUCGAGUCAUCGAUCGUUUCAUAGUUGAGAAGGUCCUUGGAGCUGGUAUUCGUCGAGAUGCCAAGUGCAAAGGAUUCGAAAGACUUGGAUGGCGUGGCGGUCUUGUCGUGGAAGGAGUCCUCGGACUUCAUGGGCAUGAUGGUACUUCUUCUGUUACCCGACAUCUUGACGAUGGUUGGUGGCUACCCGAGCAAAGAUUGUGGCGUUUGCUUGGCGUUUUCUUGGUGUUCGAUGUUCAUGAACUUUUAAGAUGAGAAUUCUAGGAAGAAAGCCCAGAGUAUAAGCCGGAGUUGCGCAGAUCUAUAUAUCAACGGGCCAUAGUAAGCGUUGCGUCUGGCUACUGUUGGUUCACUUUCUUGCUGGCUGCUCAUUUGCUACCUGACUUGCACAACACAUCCAGCACAAUGCUAGAGACAAUGACACAAUCAAGUACCUAACGUUAGGCGAGGCAGGCAAUGAGACGCUGCGGGCUGUGAGCGUUGCUGUUUGCGCCCACCUCUACGGCUACGCUGAAAGUGUCCAUCGCGACAGAGCUUUGUCGCAGAAUCUGAACCAAUGGACGACAGUACAAGCAGAGCUCACAACAUCAAAGUGUCGCAAACCCUUGGGGCCUCAUAGUGGAGAGCAUCCUGCUGCGUUUAGCGAGAGCUGCGCCGGCCUGCGAACCGCCAGGGCAUCAGAGUGUUAUCGAAUAUGGGGUAGAGGGCUCCUUCAGUUUCACACUGGUCAGCACUUAACAGAAGGUGUCUGAGCAUUUUUGAUGGUAAUGCGUACAACGUCGCAGCAUGUGGGGGAUGAAUAAAAGUGUCUUACACGCAAGCGUCUGCGCGCGCGCACUACAAAGUAUAAGCGCGAAGAGCCGACAGCGCUAAAGUGUGCAAUCCUGUACUCAGACGACCGCCUCAGUAUUGAAAGCAAAAACAUGGGGAGGGGCACCAAAAUAGCAGAGACGUGGUUUUUGGCGAUGUUUAAGAAUUUGCGUUGGUUGUCUUGAACAAAGAUAGCAGCGAUAUCAACGUCGAGCUGCACGAGGCCGAGUACGGUGUUUGGUCCUACGCGGCGGCAGUUAUUUUCAUUCUGGGAAUUGUACAUUUCCGGAAUGGAGCAUUCGGGUGUUCGUUGUGCCAUUUACUGGUCGAUCCAUACUCGACUGUGGUAUACUUGUUCUCAAUACUACGCUCUACGAAUGACGCCAGCCGUACCUUGUUGCGACGAUCCGCACGCUAACAUGGAGCGAAGCAUGCAUAUUGUUCCGUCGAUUACCUGUCAGUUAAUCUGCCGCGAGGUAUCUACGAACUGGCCGUUGCGAUAAUUAUUCUCCCUGUGUUGCAUAGUCGCUGCAGAUCCCUAGAUUGCAUCUACUUUGCCCCUCCAAGUGCUGCUACGGUGGAAUUCAAUAUACACAUCUACAUUCUGCAAUUACCCAGGGCUUUCCAUGAGUCUAGAAAUAGUUUUUAACCGAACGGGCUUUUCUAUUCGGUGUAACCAAUAGAGGCUUUUCUAUCCAUGGAUCGGAUGGAAAGGUAGCGUUGCUACGCUGCUCGGAAAACACGGCGCGAAGUAGUCACAGACGCAAAAGAAUGGUAUUUCAAUAACAAAUUUAGCCCGUCUUGAGGGGCCAUUUCUACUGGUUGGUGGUGCUGGCUAAACGGUGCUACGACACUGCUGAGGACGUUCGAAUAAGGCUGAUUUGUUUCUGGGGACAGCAUCUAAGGGCAAUGACGGAAUGACGGCAGUGGAAUCGUUUCAGUGGUUUCACGUCAGUGGUUAGAUAUCGUGUCUCAUGAUGUAGCUGAGAGCACGUAACGGGGGAAACCGCCCGACGAAUCUCUCAACACACUCGGAAGCAUGCGCAGUGGCCCCAGGCAUAGAUCCCAAGUGUAUCACUGGGUACUUACAGUGGUCUUGUGGCUGUGUGGCUUGAAUUCUAUGUCUUUUACCGUUUCUAGAAUCCGCUGAAAUAUCUCUGGCUGUGGCAUUCUUACUCCGGAGAGACUCGCCAAGUCUACAGUUCUGUGGCUUGCCCAGAGUGUAGGCACCGUCGAUUUGGAUAUCGUUGCUCGGAAAUCUUUUUGCAAAUCUCCGCUUCAGCAUAUAAAAAUAGAUGCUGGCGCUCGUAGGACACAAAGAUCAUCACCAGGCGACACUAAGCCACCCCAAAAUGGAGUCCUCCGGCUAUGAUCAGCAGCUUAUUUCGGGAAACACCACAGGCACAAGAAUCAUAUGCCUGGUUAGUGCACCAGAUCUUCAUGACCCAUCAUUUUACUCUGAAUUAGGUGACUCAAUCGGUGGCAUACUGCUGAUGUACGCCCUACAGCGCCAGACAUAUUAUGCCCUCGCGCUUACCAUCUCUCGAAAUGCUUUGCCGAAUACCCGUGUUUUUUUCGUCGAGG